UCAAUUUUAAGUUUACAAAUACCAUUGGUUCGGCAUGCUUGACCUCGGAAGCAAAGCAAAACACGGCUGUCUACGAUAAAAAAAAUUCUUUUGGAUCGCCAACUGUACACCUCUGCUAGAUAUAUUUUAUUAUUCUGUCAUGAAGCGGUAAACUCCUCUAAAACAUGAGUAACAGAACUGCUGGAGAAAAAGAGGACCCCCCAGUGAUAUCCUCCACCCCCACAAUCAGUAUCCCGGGGCACGCUAUACUCAGUCAUUACCCAGAACUGCAAGCAGCAUCUAAAUCAUUGAACCAGCCAAUGGUACCAAUCAACCUGACAAGUGGUAAAACAGGAGAUGGAGGGAGUCUAGCAGCCAUUAUCCCUCAAGCUUUAUUGUCAGAAGUGCCGAGACCUGUAGCUAGUGUAGUCACCACUGCUGCCCCCUCAGCACCCUCCACUCUGCCCCUCAUCAGCUCCUCCACCACCCCCACCAUCCCUCAGGGUAGUAUUGUCCAGAUAAGCCCGGGGGCAGCUACCAAUGUAAGCUCUAUUCUGAGGGGAGGCAGCACUCAGCAUCUAGGAUUUCCCUCUCAUCUUCCAAAAGGUCCUAUGGCUGCAGCCUCGGCGUUUGCUGGGCCUAAGUCCAUGACUGCCCUGCCUGUGGUGAGACACCCCACCGUCAGUCUUCAGAGUCCUGGAACAAAGGUUCAGACCUCCUCCCUCAUCAAAUCAACCACACCCCCGACGUCAAAAUCUCCUACUCCAGGGGUAACUAUUGCUGUCACUCAGGCCAGUGAAGGAUCAAGCAGGACAAAUGUAACAGUACCAAGCACAGUCUCGGCCCCACAGGGUAGCAUUCAGAUCACCUUACAGGCUCCCCGCCAAGCUGGGGAGGGGGUCUCCAAACCUCCCACGAUACAGAGAACAAUAGAUGUUCCAAAGCCUCUCAUCCAGGCCUUGAGAACAACUACAGUUGAUACAGCUCCUAAAACGAUAAUCACGACUCAGGCCAGACCCUUAGGGGAAUCAGCUGUGAAGUCCGUUAUUGCGGGAUCCCUACAGAGGUCCUUGGAUGCUAAACAGCCCUUGAGGCCGUCGAGUGAUCCAGUCAUCAGACCCCCUAAAACUGUACAUGUGCCACAGACUUCCACUUUCUCCGGGACUAAAGUGUUUGUGACUCAGACUUCAAAUUCAUCAGUGACUCCACAUAAUCUUGUGACAAAUCCAUUGAAGACUAAUAAAGGCAUCACUAUCCCAUCAUCCUCAUCUGCUGCUCUCUCUGCAGCUUUGUCAUCAGUUACCACAACAGCCACAACCAUUCCCAUAGCAAAAGUACCCCCUGUGAGACAGCCCCCUUUGUCUCUGGCCCCGCACACUGUUAGCUCCACCCUUCCCCUCACCCCAAGCAUCCUGGAGAGGCCCCGCCCAGAGUCCACCCACCCAGGGACGGCGCCCCCAGCCCACUCCACAUCUACCGCCAGUGUAUUCAUGCCCCACCGGACCCAGCCCAGUACCUCUCAUACAGCUCCAUCAACUCUCACUCACCCAGAAAGGCCAGCCUUGUCCAGUCAGAUUUAUCCAUACUUCAUUCCUAAUUCUUACUUGAUGCAAUAUGAGAUGCAGCAAGCCUUGGCAAAUGCACAGCCAAAUGUACAUGCAAUCCCUACGAUAUCUACUGCUUCUACCAUUAGAACAGGACUUUUGCAAAAUCAAACUCCCAAUUUAGCGGCCUCAUUACAAGCAGCACACACAUUUUCUGGGACACCAGGGGCCGGCGUGCGAUUUAAUCAGUCUCAGCCUGUUGUAGUAACCAUGGAUACGAUUCGAGCCCAGCAGGCACUGACUGGAAAUCUUCCUUUCACGGGAUCAACGACUGUUCCCGAGUCAACGGCGCGUCCCACCACCCCAACAGACAAUAUAUCGACCCUGUCCUCAGCCACUGCAGCAUCUAUCCCUAUUCCUGCACUCACAGUAAUGGGACAGUGUAACCCUGCCCCGAAUUAUCCUUCAACUCCAGUUACACCCCAGAAUUCUCAGCCCAACAGUAAUACCCCAGUCAGUACCCCGAAUGCUUCACCCAGACCAAGUAUUCUCAGAAAGAGAACCAAUGAAGGACCUGUGAAGAAACCAGUGUGUGGUCUGAAUACAAUGGACAGACACAGUCCCCGCCCCGAUUCCAGGACAGACUCUGCCCCGCAGUCCAACACUAGCUCUCCCAAAACUCCAGCUACUCCAGCAGGGGAAAGUCAAUCCUCCACUGAUACAGCCUUGUCAAGUGAGGCCACUACACCAACUCAAAACAACAUGGCUGAACUGAAGAUAAAACAGGAACCCAUGGAUGGCCUCGAAAAUGGUUUGUCUGCAGCUAUAACUAGCAGCAUUGCUUCUUUGUCCAACUCUUUACCCAACAGUACAGAUGCUUCUCCAAGGAAGAAACCAAGAAAACAGCUCUUGAAUGCUAACGAGGAGCUGAAGGACAGCGUGUCCUCAGACGAGGAGAAGGUGGCCGUGGAAUCUGUAAAAGAGGAGGAGGACACCAAUAACGAAUACAGAGAAGAGUAUGUGGAUGAUGAGGGUGUGAGAUGGACUGUAGAGAAAUGUCGACCCAAUAUCUCCCUUAUGAACUUUUAUAAUAUAUCAUGGAAACCAAGGAAUAAUCAUUUUAAUAGACAUACAGAAAUUAAACCAAAAGAAGAGCGACGCCCCACAGUGAAUGAAUUAGCCAAUCAGAGAGGAGCUGCUCAGAAGGCCAGCGGCUGGAAGUUGUAUCACAUGGCAGCACAGAUGGAAGAUCUGAAUGAUCUGGAGAAGACUUUAUUAAGCAAAUUAUCAUCAAUUCAAACUGCUUUGUCCCCGCGUCCUCAGAAUAGACUCACAGUGGUCUCCAUGGAGGACGAACUGAGCAUGAUGCAUGAGUUAACUCAGGCAAACAUUCAAAGAUGCAAACUUAUUAUGGAUCAACUUGAAGAAUCCAGAACGAACAUGUUGAAAGUGCUAGAUCAUAAACAGAAAAUAUCCGAAAUUAUCAAUAAACAUGUUAGUAAGAGACCAAUCAAAAAGAAGGAAAGAUCAUAGCAUUGACCAAUGAUUGAAAUUAUACAAACUGACCAAUCAGUGCAUGACAAGUAGAAUGCUGGAAGUAUGUGAUACAAAUAGCAAGAACUGAACCUGACAGCUAAUUUGUAGAUGCUGCUUUGCAUAUAUACUAAAACUUUAUAAUUGUUUCUGUUAUGGGCAUGUUUUAAUGUUAGAAAUAUUGAACACUGGAUUUCAGUUCUUAAGUUUAGUGACUGUGAGAGAGCCAUGAUGAAAGGAAAGAUUGACCUUAAUUAUGUUCACGUCAAAUGAUAAAUUUGAAGAAAUUCAAUCAGCCCUUGUCUACGGCAGUUCCCAGGGUUAUCCAUGUGUUAUAUUUGUUAUGCAUUUUUGAAAAUUUGAUAAGUUUUAUUGUUUCAUAUUGAAAUUCACUUGUUUCAUUGUGAACAGUAGAAUGUGUGUUUUCUGUAUCAUUUUAUUUAUUUCAUCAUUCAACAUGUCAGAUACAUUUUAUUUGUUACCAAAGAGUUGUGUGGAAAAUGAGUUUUCAGAAAAAGCAUUAAAGCUCUUUGACAUUGUACAAUUCAUCUUUAGUAAUGUAUUAUAAAUUGAACAGGAAGCAAAGAAUUCUUGAUAAAAACUAGAAGGGAUUUCUGGUUUACAAAUUUUAUUAUUUAGGUGAUUAACAAAUGGUUGUUGGUCACAUUCUCAGCUGAAAGUUGAAAAAUUUGUUGUACAUUUCAUUUAUCAUACAAAAUACAAUAAAUUAUAAGUAAAGAA